CCGCUUAGAUCUGCGUCUUCUCUUUCUACCUGUGUCUGGCGGUGGCCCCGGUUGGGUUGACGUUUCUCGGCUUACCUUCUACGCGCUCUCAAUUGCCUUGGGUUGAAUCCCGUUCGAAGUCAUUAUACGCAGUACCGUUCGCCGUGUUGGACGCGUUUGCCCUGUGUCGUGCGAAGAGGCCCGGAUUAAAUCUUUAACUAAAGUGAAAGCGCAGUUCUGUCGCGCCGAAGAAUUCGAUUCUAAAUUCGUGUUCAACUGUCAGCGGUUAACUCCUCGAUUAAGUGACAUUUUGUGAUUGUGUGGGUGUUGGAAUAGUUUCAGCGGAACGAUGGCGGAAAAUGCUUCCAAGUCCAAAGUUCGCGAAUUCUACGCGGGAAAAAAUAUCUUUAUAACUGGCGGAACUGGAUUCCUGGGUUUGGCAUUGAUCGAAAAAAUUUUACGCGACAUUCCAAAUGUCGGUAAUUUGUACCUCUUGAUGAGACCAAAGAAAAAUAAAACCAUUCACGAACGCUUAGAAGAUUUAACAAAGAAUCCAGUCUUCGACGUCCUCCUGAAAGGCUCCUCUCCCGAAAUUUUCAAGAAAUUAGUGCCAAUUCAUGGUGAUGUUGGAGAAGAAGAUCUCGGCAUAUCAACAGAUGAUCGAAACUUACUCAUCGAUAAUAUCAACGUUGUCAUCCACUCUGCUGCAACAUUGGACUUUCAGCAAUCCCUGAAGCCCACUGUCAAUAUCAAUUUGUUGGGGACAAGACGAGUUAUGGAAUUGUGUAUGCAAGCGAAGAAUUUAGAGGCUAUGGUUCAUGUAUCGAGUGCAUACGCAAACUCCUUCCAUUUGGAAACACAAGAAAUUCUAUAUGACCUUCUAGGCGAUGCCGAGCACAUUAUUGAGCUUGUAAAGACCCUAGAUGAGAAGCAGCUCGAGGAGCUAGAACCCAAACUAUUGAAAGAACAUCCAAACACAUACACGUUUACAAAACACUUCGCUGAGCAUGAAGUGAAUAAAUGUGCGGAUCGAUUGCCCUGUGGAAUUGUACGACCUAGCAUGAUAACGGCUGCAUGGAAAGAGCCAGUCCCAGGAUGGACAAAUUCAAAGAACGGUCCUCAAGGAUUCUUCAUGGGGGCAUCACGUGGUGUCGUCCGACGGCUGCCACUUGCAACCAACCUUAUAUAUGAUUAUAUUCCCAUUGACGUUGUCAUUAACCAAGUUUUAGUUACGGGACAAUACGUAAACAGUUUGAAAAGAGAAGCCGCACCAAAUACGCCGCUCCAAAUUUCUAUUUUCCACUGCACUUCGAGUUCAUACAAGCCCUUCCGGUGGGAAUCAGUUAAGGACAAAGUAAAUGGCAUGAUGCAUAGAUAUCCAUUAAAAUCUGCCAUUUGGUAUCCACAUCUUAAGUUUGUCCAAAGCUUGUUCCUAUUUAAAGUGUCGGCGAUAUUCAUUCACUUCCUCCCGGGGCUCAUACUUGACGGUAUUACUAAAGUGUGUGGCGGUAGACCGAUUUUGAUACGAUUGCAUACAAACGUUUGGAAAUCUCUGAAACUACUGGAGAAAUUCAUUUUCACUGAGUGGAACUUCGACAACAAGAAAACUCUGGCCCUAGCGAAAUCAAUGUCUCAAGUUGACAAAGAGGUGUUCGGUUUCGAUAUUGGCGAGUUGAAAUGGGAGAGUUACUUUGAAAGUAUGAUGGUAGGAGUUCGCCAGUAUUUGAGCCACGAACAUCCAAAAACACUGGAAGCUGCUCGAAAGAAGGAUAAAGUUUUAUUAUUUUUGCACGUUUUCCUUCAACUGUUCAUCUAUUUCUUGAUCUGGUGGGCGACAACCGCUUUAGUUGGAUCGACGUUCUCAAAAACUGGACUGGUCGUACCAAUCGCGUAUGUAUUGCUCGGGUUGUUGUAAGCGGAGACUUCGCAUUUUUUUGUUUUGUUUUCGUCGUAUUAUUAACAUGUACUUAAGAGGUAGAUUUAAGAGUCUUUUUGUUCAUGGUGGCGAAAAAGAAUAUUUGUACUACUUCAUUUCGAAGUAAAUUUCCAUUUAUACUUUGAAAAUCUCAUAUUUACCGUAAUUUUGUCAUAUAGAAAAGGGAAAAUUGUUAUUGAAUAAAUAAUAUGUUGCUUUACAUAAGAGUAA